CUCAUAAUUAUGUCUUCACGGAAAAAUUCAUUUAAAAACAACUCUGAGUUUUCUUCAAAUUCGACUACACCCAACACAAAUCGAAGUGCCAGUGCAGAUAUACCGGAUAAGUCAAUAAAUUUAAAUGAAUUUUUGGAUUUUUUAAAUUUGUCGUGUCAUGUCAAUGACAUGAUUUCCCAGAAUAGUGAGGAACAUCAUAGACAACAUAAGGAACACCUUCCAACGACUAAAUCUGCUGGGGGAUCAGGACCCUCGGCUGGUAGCAAUCGAUCAAAAACCUAUGGAACACAAAGUCCAAUUGAUUUUCAGAAAUUAUCUCAAAAUCGUUUAGUCAAUGACUUGUAUGGAUUCAAUCGCAAUGUACGCUUAUUGAACGAAGAAAUAAAUGACAAUAAUAUUAGUGGGGGUGUAGAUGCAGCUCGCUCGAUACGUCGUGCUUCAACGAUAACAGCAACUUCAAAAUCGAAAUUAUCAUGCAAUAAUGAAGGAGGUUUGCAUCCGAAAUUAAACGAAAAAUUGGAUUAUGUUUUAAAUGAGGGUAUUUUGGAUGCAGUUUUGCCUUUUAUUUGUCCAGUACCACUACCACCUAAUUACACUAGUCGUUUAAAACCUAAACAGCGAGACACAAAAGAUCUUAAAGUAAUUACAUCUAAUUUGGCUGACAUGCCCAAUGUAGAACCGAAUGAAGUUGAAGGAAUUGCCGGUAAGGAAGGAAGUAAUAAACUGAAGGCUAAAACAAAUGUAACACAAAUAAAAUCCUCGACCGGGAUUAGUGCCACAAAAAAGGAUCCUGAAGUUGUCAUACAUGUUUGCGAUGAGGUUAAAAAUACUUCUAAGGAUUUUAUGUGUCCUCAGAGUUUGCUCGUUAGCAAGAUGGGUUAUUUUGCCGAUGUUACUGCCGGUCAAAAACUCGAGGAUAUGGAUAUAUCCGUGCACUGUGACAUACAAAUAUUUGAGUGGCUCAUGAAAUGGGUAAAAUCUGAAAGUGGCAAUAACAGCACUAGUGUUGAUCCUAACAAUGACAUGUCGCCAAAUUUAAAUGUAAAUAAUGUGGUACCCAUUUUAGUUUCAGCAAGUUUUCUACAGAUGGAACCGCUUCUUAUGGAUUGUUUAAGCUUUUGCCACUCACGUUUGGGAGAAGUGGUCAGGGUUUCUACCAAUCUAUCAUGUUUAAAUGAUACCAUAAUCACCCGUAUGGCUGCCAUGUUCACCAACGUUGAAUUGGAAAUGGUUUGCGAUAAAAAAGAUCGUUUGCUGCCUCGUUUAUGGACUAAACUUAUAUUCAGUCUUUUCGAACCCGAAACAGAAGCUUUGAGAGGUCAUUACUAUAGUUUAUCUGGUCUAUUUAAGUGCUCAAAAUGCCAGAAAUGUUUGACAAAUACAAUGAAGUCUUAUGUACAGUGUGUACCGGGCAAUGUACGUUUGAACAGAUGGGGUCAAAUUGUUAGCCAUCAUGUACGUGAACCGUCAUGGGACUUAAAUUACUAUAUAACGCAGUUAUUUAAGGAAGUUAAAUCAUGGCGAUUAGUCUAUUGGAAACUUUGGGGUCAUGCUCAUUAUUUAUAUUGUUGUCUGUGUGAAAUGUAUUUUCCGGUUUAUCAGAUGUCCUGGUGUCGUUAUCAUCCAGAAUCACCUAGUUUUUUGGGACCCGUAGCCGAGGGUCGUACCACUGGUCCAGCUGGUCGUUAUGCUUGUUGUGGCCAACAGGCAUUCCGUUAUGAAACAUUACCGGGACCUCAUGGCUGCCAGUUUCGUGAGCAUAGUGUUUUAGUUGAAACUGAUCGAGAGCGUUCUAUUUUAUCUAUAGUCCAAUUGGCCAUUGAAGGGAAUGCCUUGGGUGAUUGUCCUCCUCAUCGAAUGCAAGACAUAUUGGCUAAUGGAGAAGUUGAACCCAGAUGGAUGGGAAUAUCGUUGAUGCCCCAGCGUUGUCGCCAGGGUUUGUUACCGGUGUUAAAUCCAGAUGAAUCUACAUCUCGUUUGGCUAGGCGUGUGAGACCAGCUUCCUCGAAAUUCUUUGCCGAUUCCAGUACGGAAACCGAGAGUACAGAUACGUUGGAUAAUAUACGCAUUUCAAAAUUCGGAAUGGCUUCCUACAAUGACAGUUUUUCUACAAGCAGUAGUGAUGGAUGUGAAUCAUCGGAUAGCAAAACAUUCGCACCCAAUAAAAGCUAUCACAAAAAACAUAAUAGAAAAAGUAAACCUAUUGAAAAUCCUGGUCGUUAUUGGUCUGGCGAACUAUCGGCACGCAGUAAUCAGGAUCAUCAGAGAGAGUUUGAAGAGAAAGUUAUGAAACAGGUGCUGACUAUGGUUCAAAAGAAAACCGGCUCUGAUUUAGGGGUCAGUCAACAAAAUCGACCUUUGGGUGGAGCUUAUGUUAAAUUGGAACAAGAAUGGAAGGAACAAUUGAAACAACGGAUGUAUGCAUUAGGUGGCAGCUCGUCCACAAAUGCCCAAUUGGGCAACAUUAGUAACAAUAGCGUGGCAUUGAAUAUUAAGGGUUCGCGAAAGAAAGUCGAUACUAGUGGGCAAUAAAUGUGUACAAUUGGAAUUAUAUCGCUCACUUAUUGCAAGAGUGUUUCUAAAUUGAUCCUUUCAGAUCUUUAAUCAUUUUAGUUGUAAUUAGGGUUCCUAAUAAGGGAAAAAAAUGCCAAUUCAAUUCAAUGUGAUUUAUUGAUAACAAUUAUCAUUUCUAGUAGGUCGACUUAACACAAAUAGCAAUUUUAAGUUCUUAAAGGAAUUAUUGAGAUGCUUAACCUUAAGACUA